UUGUGGCGGUUGCAUGUUUGAAAAAUCGUGUGAAUUACGCUUCUUUUGAUGUUGAACGGUCUGAUGAGUAUUCUAGAUUCUCAUUCUGGCAACGUGAUUACAAACAGCAGACGCUGUGGAGCUGCAAAGAGAGAAAACGCUCGAAUUCCUGCGAAUUUUGACAUUCGUUCUUUUGUUUUUGAUCAUAUCCCUGUAUCUAUAUCGUUUUGCAUUUUAAACAAAAAACUGGCGUAGUAUUUUGGCCGCAGCAAAUAUGCCCAAAUUACCAGCAGUUGGCAUUGAUCUUGGUACAACAUAUUCGUGUGUCGGCGUCUUUCAGCAUGGCAAAGUUGAGAUCAUUGCCAACGAUCAGGGCAACCGGACCACGCCCAGCUAUGUGGCCUUUACGGAGUCGGAGCGUCUCAUUGGCGAUGCGGCCAAAAAUCAGGUGGCCAUGAAUCCAAAUAAUACAAUUUUCGAUGCCAAGCGGCUGAUUGGACGCAAAUUCGACGAUGCAACGGUGCAGAGCGACAUGAAGCAUUGGCCUUUUGAGGUCAUCUCGGAGAAUGGCAAGCCGCGCAUACGCGUCGAGUACAAGGGUGAGAAGAAGAGUUUCUAUCCGGAGGAGGUGUCCUCCAUGGUGCUGACCAAGAUGAGAGAAACAGCCGAGGCGUAUCUGGGCGGCACGGUUACCGAUGCGGUGGUCACAGUUCCGGCCUAUUUCAAUGAUUCGCAGAGGCAGGCGACCAAGGACGCGGGCACCAUAGCCGGGCUCAAUGUGCUGCGCAUCAUCAAUGAGCCGACGGCGGCGGCGAUUGCCUAUGGCCUGGACAAGCAGGGCACCAGUGAGCGCAAUGUGCUCAUUUUCGAUUUGGGUGGCGGCACCUUCGAUGUCUCCGUGCUGACCAUCGAGGACGGCAUCUUCGAGGUGAAGGCCACGGCCGGCGAUACCCAUCUGGGCGGAGAGGACAUUGACAAUCGCAUGGUCAACCACUUUGUGCAGGAGUUCCAGCGCAAGCACAAACGUGAUCUCAGCCAAAGUAAGCGCGCCCUGCGACGUCUGCGCACUGCCUGUGAGCGCGCCAAGCGCACCCUGUCCUCCUCCAGCCAGGCCAACAUCGAGAUUGAUUCGCUGUUCGAGGGCAUCGACUUUUACACGUCCGUAACGCGCGCCCGCUUCGAGGAGCUUAACGGGGAUCUGUUUCGCAGCACCAUGGAGCCGGUGGCCAAGGCUCUGCGAGAUGCCAAAAUGGACAAGGGUCAGAUACAUGACAUAGUGCUGGUGGGUGGUUCCACCAGGAUACCCAAGGUGCAGCGUUUGCUGCAGGACUUCUUCAACGGCAAGGAGCUGAACAAGUCCAUCAAUCCGGAUGAGGCUGUCGCCUACGGUGCUGCCGUCCAGGCAGCCAUACUUCACGGCGACACAUCAGAGGCUGUGCAGGAUCUGCUCCUGCUCGAUGUUACGCCACUCUCGCUGGGCAUCGAGACGGCCGGCGGUGUUAUGACCGCGUUGAUUAAACGCAACUCGACCAUACCCACAAAACAGACACAGAUCUUCACCACCUAUGCGGACAAUCAGCCCGGCGUUCUGAUACAGGUUUACGAGGGUGAGCGGGCCAUGACCAAAGACAAUAAUAUACUGGGCAAAUUCGAGCUGACGGCCAUUCCGCCAGCGCCGCGUGGUGUGCCCCAAAUUGAGGUAACCUUUGACAUAGACGCCAAUGGCAUACUCAAUGUCAGCGCUGCUGAGAAGUCAACGGGCAAGGUGAAUCGCAUCACCAUUACCAAUGACAAGGGCCGGCUCUCCAAGGAGGACAUUGAGCGCAUGGUCAACGAGGCCGAAUCGUACCGCCAGGCGGACGAUCAGCAGCGCGCGCGUGUCGAUGCCAAGAACCAAUUGGAAAGCUAUUGCUUUCACAUUCGAGCCACGCUCGAGGAUGAGCAGCUGCGCAGCCGCAUCAGCGAUGCGGACAGGGAGACGAUCGCCCAGAAGUGCAACGACACCAUCAGCUGGCUGGAUGCCAAUCAGCUGGCCGAGCAGCAGGAGUUCGAGCACAAGCAACAGGAGCUGGAGCGCAUCUGUAAUCCCAUCAUGACCAGACUCUACCAGGGCGCUGGCAUGCCGCCGCCCACACAGAAUUCCGGCGGCGGCGCCGGCGGUGCCGGUGGCCCGACCAUCGAGGAAGUCGACUAAUGGCUCAAAUUAUUCUUAUUGUUGCAACUAAUUUGUUAGCAACCCCCA